AUGUUUGCGAAAUCCCAUCGCGAUCUCAGAGAAAUUACAAAUGUCGCCGAGUUCUUGGCGAGAUCUCUUUUAUCUCGUAGAAAACUCUUUCAUAUCGGCGUGACCUCGUUUGUCUCGCAGAAGUAUCUUUCAUCUCGUGCCAAUCUCAGAGACAUUACAAAUCUCGCCGAGUUCUUGGCGAGAUCUCGGCGAUAUCUCGUUUAUCUCGCCGCGACCGCAGAGACUUUACCAAUCUUGCCGAGUUAUUGGCGACAUCUCGGCGAAAUCUCGUUUAUCUCGCCGCGAUCUCAGAGGCAUUACAAAUCUCGCCGAGUUCUUGACGAGAUCUCGGCGAGAUCUCGUUUAUCUCGCCGCGAUCUCAGACACGAGGAGCCGCAAGCGGUGAUAUUUUUGCACGGCAUCUGGCGGCACAUCAAAGAAUUUGGAAUUGAAGGGCAAAUUCCUAAAAUAUGUUCGCCAGUUAAGCUAGAGAAAAGGUGUUAAAAAACCUCAGGAUCCUAAACAACACGUCAAUCAAAAUAUCACUUGGACCUUUUCGCUAAUGAAGAGUUAUCACGCGGCUAAGCUUGAUUUAGACAUAUAUUGAAAUAGGAACUCGUGUCAAUAAACUAUCAGAAGUGAGUGGGAAUCGCUCCUGGUUAAAAAACUGGUUCACAGGGAUAUGCAUCUCUUCUAGUUAAGAGAAAGGAAUUAGAGCUUCUUUUCACGCAGGAACAGGUUUUCUUCGGGCUAACUACAAAACUUCAGCUUAUUUUACUCCUUGACAUUGUCAAAGCGCAUUUUGUAAAGAUAACUUUUUCCGCUUUAUCAGCUUUUUUUAUAUUCUAUUCCAUUAAUGUUCAACCUCCCUCAAAAAGCCAAAUAAUAUAAAUGCUGUUGUUAAAAAAAGCGUUUUACCUGUUUUCGUCAAUUCGCUACCCAAAGACCGCUAUGCUCAAAGGACAGGGCAAAAUUUCCAGGAGAGAGGCAUUAAUUGUUUUUUUUUUCCCACGAGGUUACAAAGAGAAAAUGCAAUGAUUAUUAUUAAUGUAACCAUCAGGUAUACUCUACCCACGAGGUUACGGACAGCAAAUGCAGUGAUUAUUAUUAAUGUAACCAUCAGGUAUGUUCUACCCACGAGGUUACAAAGAGAAAGUGCAAUGAUUAUUAUUAAUGUAACCUUCAGGUAUGUUCUACCCACGAGGUUACAGAGAGCAAAUGCAGUGAUUAUUAUUAAUGUAACCGUCAGGUAUGUUCUACCCACGAGGUUACAAAGAAAAAGUGCAAUGAUUAUUAUUAAUGUAACCUUCAGGUAUGUUCUACCCACGAGGUUACAGAGAGCAAAUACAGUGAUUAUUAUUAAUGAAACCAUCAGGAAUGUUCUUCCCACGAGGUUACCGAGAGCAAAUGCAGUGAUUAUUAUUAAUGUAACCAUAAGGUAUAUUCUACCCACGAGGUUACAAAGAGAAAAUGCAAUGAUUAUUAUCAACGUAACCUUCAGGUAUGUUCUACCCACGAGGCUACAGAGAGCAAAUGCAGUAACAAUUAUUAGAUUUCAGUGCAACUAUCAGGUUGAGUUCCUCCAUUAAAAGAGUUUUUUGCUAGGGUGAAACAAGUUUGGCUUUCAUGAGUUUCAAGGUGCAAAAAAGUAUCAGUAUAAUUAUAGCACACAAACAUUGUCAUCUAAUCAGCGUCUAAUUUUUCGCACGUAGCCGGAAUAAGCCAAGAAAUGAAGCAUAUAUAACGAAAAAUCGUCCUCAGAUGAUCUCCAUAUUAAGUAAAUUAUACUAAACGUUGCGGAAGAAAUUAUUGUUUGUAUCCGUCUUAUCCAUCGUAAAAGCGAUGAGUCAUCGCAUGACAUUCGGUAUGUUAAACAGAGGUAAUACUCACGGGUUUCACGACUUGUAUGCACUAUUUUUCGCCGAGAAACAAAUUUAAACUUCAAUUCUUACCUUACAGUAGUCCGUUCUUUUACCUUGCAUUCGACAACAAAUCCGUUAAAGGCGAACAAAGCGAUUUCGGCACUCUUCUUUAUGAUGAGUAGCAAGCCGCAGGAACUGAAGCCGCUCGACUGAAGUAAAAUCCACCGAUUUUGCACAGCAUUCUCACUACAAAUAUAAACAAACGUCGCGGGGAAAAAAAGACGAGGAGGAAAAAAUGCCAGAUCUUCGCCUCGGUAAUGUAUUCCAGCUACCAUGCCGGCGUAUCUCCAGAAGGUGGACUCGAAGUGGGACCUUGUGAUUUUUUGCGCGCAAACUAAUUUAUUCUGGCGCGAAAUGAAGAUUAACAAUAUGUAUACUGAAAUCUAAUCCACGACAAGAAGAUUUUCGCACUGUAGCGCGACAUAUUAAAUGCCUAUUUUUACAAGUACGCGGAGAAAGUGGUCCACUAGUUUAACUUUUUUAAGAUGAAUUUACUCCACAAAAGCAAAAUGAAAUGUUUUAUCUCUAUGUUGUUUACGUGCCUGAUUAGAAGGCAGAAGUAAAUUCAUCAUACAGACCCCAUCAAAAUGAAAGUACACGAAUGAAACGGAAUAAGUCUGGGACGGUUUAGUUUCUACUCAGCAGCUUCUUUGCUUUUAUAACAAAAAUUUAAUGUUGCAGUCUGUUUUAAACGUUGGCAUAUCAACGCGCACAGUCACUGAAUGAAAACAACAGUCACAAUCACGUUCUUCGAAACCGACCAGACGCGCGCGACCUACCACUGUUAUGGUAAGCAAUUAUCCUGAAGGUGUUAAUGUUCCCGUGACAGUCUUCACACUGAAGGUGUAAAUGGUAAACCGAACGGUCGCUUUGAUCAUCAGAAAGACCUGUCAACUUUGAUGAUUUAACUGAUUAAAUUACGGGACUGAAAUUUUACUGCUUGCUGCUCCUCGUGCAUUACAAAUCUCGCUGAGUUCUCGUCGGGAUUAA